AUGGGCUGUGGGUCCUCUGAAUACGCCAACUUGGAAGACAUCAGAUCUACCUCGUCAAACACUGUCAACAAGCCCACAAUUAGCAUUGAAGCAGCUCCAGACAUGAUCUCGACACACACAACAGUGAACUCUAGUCAAAACACCCCUGGGCUAGACAACAAGACCUCCUCAACAUCGGGCUCCAAAUGCACUGGCGAGGAUCCAAAUUCUACAAAGGAGGUUGAAAAUUCCAAAGACCAAAGUGACGAAAGUUUAUCAAAGACAACAAAAUGGCAGACAGUUAAUGUUGAAGAGUUGAUGAGGAGUCUGAACAUCAGCAUUGACGAUGAAACUGUCAAGUGGUGGGAUCUGGUCGAUCAUCUUGUUGUCAGGGAUACCCCGGUGAUCAAGCCCCACUUAAAGCGGAAGACAUGGAAGACAAUUCGUCUUUUCAUCAGCUCAACGUUCAAGGACAUGAGUUCGGAGAGAGAGGUCCUGGUGAAGGGGGUAGUUCCAGCACUGAGGCAGUGGUGUACAGAGAGGCGCCUCCGCCUCGUGGAAUGUGACCUCCGAUGGGGCGUACCCAAAGAUUCAGACACCAGGGAAACUUUCCUUGCCUGCUUGUCAGAGAUAGACAGAUGUCGAGAUCAAAAUGAGUAUCCCUACUUCCUGAACAUGUUGUCAGAGCGCUACGGGAGUGUCAUGAAGCCAGAGGAGGUCCCAGAAGACAUCAAAAUCAGAUACAAAUGGCUGCCGGGGAUGUCAGUGACGGCACUGGAAGUCUUCACAGGAGUGUACUGGGAGAGAAACCCCAAUGCAUUGUUCAUGAUGCGGCAGCCAGGCUUCUUGAAUGGCGUGACCGAUGAAAACAUCCGCAAGGUCUACCAGGAGUCGGAUCCUGGAACAGCCGAGUCUCUGCGGGUCCUCAAAGGCAAGAUCAGGGAGAAGUACGGAGACAGGACACACGACUAUAGCUGCCAUGUGGAGAACACGGAAAACGGCAAGCUGGUACUUGGGGGACUAGAAGACUUCAUUGUGAAGGUCCACGACCAUUUCAAGGCGUGUAUUGAGAGGCAGUACCCCUUUGACUCCCAGCAGCAGCAGAUGACAGAGGUGGAAGUGGCAUAUGCUGAACAAGAAGACUUCCUCCUCCUCAGAUCACAGGGUUUGAAAGGCCGUGAUGACAUAGUUGAUAAAAUAUCCAACUACAUCAACAGCAGCGUUGACAGCACCUGCAUCAUAUACUUGGCGGGGUCAGCAGGGGCAGGGAAGAGCUCCCUGAUGGCAGCCUCAGCAAAGAAGGCCAUUGAGAAUGACAAGUUCAAGGUGUUCUUCCAUUUUGUUGGUGCUACUCCAGACUCCACCAACUCGUACAGUGUCCUAUCAAGGAUGUUCCACGAGUGCAUGCCCCCGAACACCGUGCCUCCUAUUGACCCAGACGAGAUGAUGAGAUACACAAAAACCAUGUUUGAGAAGUCAACAGAAUAUGUCCUUGAUCAGGGAUAUGAAAAACUUGUGGUUUAUAUUGAUGCUCUGAAUCAAAUGGAUGAUGAAGGGAUGGCUCACAAACUUGGAUGGCUGCCCCGAAAACUUCCAAAGGGGAUGCGCCUCAUUGUCAGCACACUAGAGGGCACCACACUAGAGUCCAUGAGGUCACAUGAGGUCCAGUGUAACGAGGUGACAGUGGACCCACUGAACAGAGACUACAGGACCAACAUAGUUGGUGAAUAUCUUGCUGAAUACAACAAGUUGCUGGACAAGGAGCAGAUGCAACUGUUGGUGACCAAGGAAGAUGCAGGACGGCCAUUAUAUCUCGCCAUCUCGUGUGAAGAGCUCCGAGUGUUUGGGGAGUUCCGGAAACUCACAAGUAAAAUACAGAGUCUCCCUGGUGACCUGUCUGGUGUUAUUGAAAUUGUGUUAAACCGCAUCAUUAAGGAGUAUGGUGGAGACAAGGUCCUGUCCACACUGUGUCUCAUCGAGACAUCAAGGUUCGGCCUGUCUGAGGCUGAGCUGGUGCAACUCCUGGCAGUGGAGCCUCUCAUCCCGAGCAGCAGCAGCAGCAACACUGACACCAUCCAGUUUACUGGGCAGAAGAUUCACAUGGCAGAGUGGGCAUUUGUGUACCUCGGCCUCCACCAGUUUCUGCGACCUUGUGGAGGGGGUUCAGAUGAUGGGCGACUUGACUUCUACCACAGAACGUCCAGCAAGGUGGUGCGCCAAGUAUUCCUGAAGGACGAGGCAACCAGGGUGGCCUAUCACAAAAGACUUGCUGCCUUCUUUAAACAAUGCAAGGACAUUGCCAGGAAGUGCGAGGAGCUCCCAUACCACCUACUGUCAGCCCAGGAUUGGACUGAGCUCCGUGCAGUGCUGACAGACAGAGCAGUGUUUGAGCACAUGUCCCAGGACAAACACAAGCAGUACCUGAUGAAGACCUGGCAACAGCUGGGGGGGUACACUGAGGCAGCGGCUGCAUAUACCAACUUCCUGAAGGAACUCAUUGAGUCACAAAACCUUGAGGACACUGACGAAGGCUACCGACUCCAGACCCGCGUAGGUUGGUUCAUGGUGGACAUUGGCCAAUACGAUCAGUGCCUUGACCUUCUGUACAAGGUCAUUGAGGGGUCAAAGAAGAAGUAUGGUGAAAAGGCAAAGGAACUGGCUGACCCAAUGUAUGCAGUGAUGACUGCACUUUACAGGAAAGCUCUCACCUUUGUGUAUAACACCCACCCAGGUUACAGAUCCAGCAGGAUAUAUGGGGAGAAGUACGCACCUCAGUGUGAAACGAUUCACCGCUUGCACUGGGCACCUGAUGAUGACUACCUGGGCCAGGUGUUGGUGACAUGUGGUUAUUUCAAGUCUUCGCUCCUGAAGAACUGCAGAGAAAUCUUUGCAAAGACCAUGAACAAGAAGGGUCUUUCUGAGGUUCUGUACAUGCUGGGAGAGAAGGACCAGUACAACAGCGACAUCGGAGUUCCCGAGUCCUACUUUGAGCAGUCCCAGGCCCUGUGCCUUGCCUCUUUUGGCCGAUAUCAUCUUCAGACUGCACGAUGCUACCAGCUGUACGGGCAGCUGUACUGGAACAGGUGGAGCAUAACCGCAGGUCGCCAGGACUGGCUGGAGAAGUGCCUGGCCCUGUACUUGGUGGAGCUGGAGAUCCUUGAGGAGGUCCAGGGGAAGCUGCACCCCAACACUGUGCGAUCCCGGGAAGAUGUCAUCAUCAUCCUCCAGAAACUCAACAGACAUGACGAGGCCAAGAAAUACAACCAGGAUCAACCUGCUGAUGCCAAGACCAUUGCUUAACUAUGACGCGGACAAGAAGUACAACCAGGAUCCACCUGCUGAUGCCAAGACCAUUGCUUAACUAUGACGCGGACAAGAAGUACAACCAGGAUCCACCUGCUGAUGCCAAGACCAUUGCUUAACUAUGACGGGGAGGAUCAACCUGCUGAUGCCAAGACCAUUGCUUAACUAUGACGCGGACAAGAAGUACAACCAGGAUCCACCUGCUGAUGCCAAGACCAUUGCUUAACUAUGACGCGGACAAGAAGUACAACCAGGAUCCACCUGCUGAUGCCAAGACCAUUGCUUAACUAUGACGCGGACAAGAAGUACAACCAGGAUCCACCUGCUGAUGCCAAGACCAUUGCUUAACUAUGACGCGGACAAGAAGUACAACCAGGAUCCACCUGCUGAUGCCAAGACCAUUGCUUAACUAUGACGCGGACAAGAAGUACAACCAGGAUCCACCUGCUGAUGCCAAGACCAUUGCUUAACUAUGACGCGGACAAGAAGUACAACCAGGAUCCACCUGCUGAUGCCAAGACCAUUGCUUAACUAUGACGCGGACAAGAAGUACAACCAGGAUCCACCUGCUGAUGCCAAGACCAUUGCUUAACUAUGACGCGGACAAGAAGUACAACCAGGAUCCACCUGCUGAUGCCAAGACCAUUGCUUAACUAUGACGCGGACAAGAAGUACAACCAGGAUCCACCUGCUGAUGCCAAGACCAUUGCUUAACUAUGACGGGGAGGAUCAACCUGCUGAUGCCAAGACCAUUGCUUAACUAUGACGGGGAGGAUCCACCUGCUGAUGCCAAGACCAUUGCUUAACUAUGACGCGGACAAGAAGUACAACCAGGAUCCACCUGCUGAUGCAAAGACCAUUGCUUACCUGUGACAAGGCCAACAAGUACAACCAGGAUCAACCUGCUGAUGCCAAGACCAUUGUUCAUCUGUAUGGAUGAUGUUUAGGAGUGUAUUUAAUGCCAUUUAAUGUUCAACCCAGAUGAUAGUUAGACUAUUGCUUGGCUAUGUCUGGAUGAGACAAGGUACAGUUGAUCAGGCAGCUGACAUUGUUCAUCUUCCCGAGGCAAGGGAGUUAACUGUCCAGUUUCCACCCUUGCAAAAUGAGCCUAGAAUUUCGAAGUUAUCAUUUGGCUGGACGAACGAGUCUAUGCAUAGUCCAAUUAAUAUCACGUAACAAAAUCGACAUCCAGUUCAUUCACUGCCAUGCAAAUUUAGGUUGAUUGCAGGAUUUGCAAAGCAUUUGUACCAUCAACUGGGCAUUGCUCAUUCUGGGUCAGAAUAGGUACUCAUCAACAUUUGCUGGUCAUAAGCGACAACCAAAUGGAUUAGGUGGGCAAACUCAGUGACUUGGUGUGGAUCGUUGCUCACAAUAUCAAUCACUGGAUUGUCUGGUCUAAAUAUGAUUAUGUUCAGGCCGUGGUCAUGUAGCUGGAAUUUUGUUGAUUGCGGUGUUAAACUACAGACAAAGAAACAGACAUAAUGUGGUAAUGAUUUUGUCUCCCUGACUGGAGAUCUGGUGUAUGUUGCAGUAGUUACAAAUGAUAUCUUAUUAUAGAUAUUAAUGAUUUUGUUUGUUUUUUAACGCCGCACUCAGUAAUAUUCCAGCUAUAUGACGUCAA